AUGCUAAAGAACGUCACUCUGCCCUGUGGCUAUACAAAUCUAUACUGGCUGUUUGACACCGAGCUCACACUGGCUAAUGCUAACCAUGCCAUUGUUAUUGCUAACAAACCAUCAACGGUAACCGCUAACAAUGGUGAGGUCAACGCAACAUUAAAUACGAACAAGAACAGCCCUUAUCUCAUUUCAUUCCAUAACACCUUGGACAACGAUACAUAUUCAAUUGAACAUAAACCAUAUAACAAUGAAAUCACUUCGACGUCUUUAUUUGCUAAUAAAGUUAUUACCACUACCUUUACUCUUGCCACGACUACCUUAUCGACGACAAAUAAUACGGCCUUGAAUUUAUCCAUUUCUCGAGUAGUACACCAGACACACGAUAUACCACAAAUUCCCCCCUAUAUACGUAAUACUGCCAUGAGCUUUUGCAUAAUCAUACUGUUGCUGGGUGUCAUCGGGAAUGUUAUGGUUCCCGUUGUCAUUAUCAGGACGAAGGAUAUGCGAAAUUCUACGAAUAUAUUCCUAACCAAUCUUAGUAUAGCCGAUUUGCUUGUAUUAUUAGUUUGUACGCCAACAGUAUUAGUUGAAUUAAAUACAAAACCGGAAACCUGGGCAUUAGGCCCGGAAAUGUGUAAAGCUGUACCUUUUAUAGAACUAACUGUUGCACAUGCCAGUGUCUUGACAAUACUGGCCAUUUCCUUCGAAAGAUAUUACGCAAUUUGUGAACCUCUAAAGGCCGGCUACGUCUGCACUAAGACUAGAGCAAUAAUUAUUUGCGCUUUAGCUUGGGCUGUAGCCGGUUCUUUUACCAGUCCCAUCGUCUGGGUGGCCGAGUACAAAUAUGUGGACUACGUCGAUGGAACAGUGGUAGCUAUUUGCGUUACUCAAGCUAUAACCAGUUGGGCGGUGGCGUUCUUCAUAAUGACUAUUUCGCUCUUCUUCGUCUUGCCCUUAAUUAUUUUAAUCGCCUUAUAUGGGAUUAUAGCUAAACGACUUAUCUCGAAUAAAGGCUUAAUGAUGCGUUUACGACCCACAAAACCGGAAUUGAGUUUAAAGGCGCGUAAUCAAGUCGUUUUAAUGUUGGGAGCAGUAGUAUUAUCAUUCUUCUUAUGCCUGCUGCCAUUUCGACUGCUUACCCUAUGGAUUAUCUUGGACUCGGAACAAAGCUUAUACGCUAUAGGAAUCGAAAGUUAUUAUAAGCUUUUGUAUUUUUGUCGCAUUAUGAUUUAUCUAAAUUCAGCGAUUAAUCCUAUACUUUAUAAUUUAAUGUCGACGAAAUUUCGUAAAGGUUUCUAUAAAUUGAUUCACACCGUAUGGAAUUGUGUAUUCACGUUAAUAUCGUGCGAUCAGAGAGCAAGAAGAAAACGUUCGAACACCAACACUACCGCAACGGCAAACACCAGCUCAAAUACCGGCACGACUACAACCCAACAAAAUACAUCUUCGAGCAUUUUGUCGCGCAGCUCGAACCGUUGCGCCAGCGAAGAUGGCGACACACGUUCACGCAAACAACUAAACGUGCAACCGCCUUUUGGUGCAGAUUCUGAAAUGGCGACUAUGCUAAAUACAAACAAGGAUGAUUGUCCAGCAGCUACAAUCCUCGCAGCCGGUUUACCCCCUUUUAAAUUAUGUGCUCUUCGCAAAAAUCGCUUAUCGUCGCCGCUACCAGCAGCAUCACUAUCGCAGCAUAACAGCAUUAACUCGCAGCAGUUGAAAGCAACUAAACAAAUUAGUUUUGAAGAAGUUGUGGAAACGGAAGAUAAUGCUUAAACGAAAUCCAAUGUAAAUAAUAGAAGAAAAACAAUAUAAUUUAAAUAAUAUAAUUAUUUUUGUGCACAAAUGAAAGAAAACAAUCAUAUAAUAAACGCUUGAAAUGUGUAGUAAAAAGAAAAAAC